UCAGUCGUCGAGCGGCUGUUGUGGUAAACACUUCGUUCAAAAUUGGGUUUCCGCGAAAUAAACACUCAACGGUUUUCUGUUUUCGGGUUUCGAAAGUGCAAAAUAGCCUCCAUCGUAAUUUAUUCGCUUGGCCAAGAACUCGAAACUCUGCGUGUUCUACGGCACGUUCCGUUGUCGGCUUUAAGUGUCAUCAAGUGAUCUGACCACCAUCCAGGUUUCGAGGCCCCUUACCACUAACACCACUCUUUAAAGUCGAGUUCCGGUUCGUGCAUUGCCCAAUUUCGAAGCGUGCGACACGUUUAUUUUAUGCGGUUUCAUCGUGUGCUCCAUGUGUGUUCUGCGGGGUUCUUUGACUUAUGCCUAAUUACCAGUGACGUCGAAGCCUUUUCGAAAAUGUGUCAGCCACGAAAUUUGUCAGUUCUCUGGUAGUUGCUGAAAGACACUCGAGUGUGACACUGUUGGUUGGCUUCAGAUAAUUAUAGGGAAAGGACCCCCAACCACCAGAAGACCGCCAAAGGAUACUCGGACUGUAGGAAUAUCUAUUUUAUACGGGGGUGUCGCCGCCGCUCGCUUCUACCUGUCAUGUGGUAGUGACUAUCAUUAUAACCAGUAACCCCAAAGGUGUCGUCCCCAAAACGCCACACACAAUGCACAACGAAUCACAGCCGCCGUCGAAUGGUAAUGGCAUCGGCAGCAUGGACUACAAGAAGGUGCGCUUAAAAGGACGAAGCCGGCGAUCUUUCUCUAGAUAUAUAAGCUCCAUACCCAUCCAAGUCAUAAUACUCACCACACUAAUCAGCUUGGUUGCCGCAAAUCGACCGCCGCGUUUCGCUAUCGACGGCCAGUCGGAGAUUGUACUGCGUCUGAAGGAGAGUCCUGAAACGAAAGUGGGAACCCUGAUAUACACGCUAAAGGGUUACGAUCCGGACAACGAUCCGCUGACCUUUGGCAAGCGCAACUCGCAUGAUAGCGAGAUCAUUCGGAUUGAGAACACGGGUGGCAACGAGGCCAAGGUCUUUUUGGCCAAGGAACUGGAUCGGGAGCUGCAGGACGAGUAUGCCAUAGUCCUAACACUGACUGACAGUCACUACAGCGAUCACAACUAUGUGACCCAGAGUUUUUUGCUCCUGGUGGAGGAUAUAAACGAUAAUGUUCCCUCAUUUCUGCCCUACCAAAAUGCCAUUGAAAUACCGGAGGGCAGUGCACCGGGAGUGGUCACCACUCUGGAGGCCACGGAUGCGGAUGAAGGUGCCUACGGCCAGGUGGUUUACUACCUGCAAGAACUGGAUGGCGACAACGAUGUGUUCUCCAUAGCUACGCACCAAGGCAAGGGCAUAUUGAGGUUGCAAAAGGAGCUGGACUAUGAGAGAAAGAGUCUGUAUCAGUUGAGAGUCCUGGCCAUCGAUCGUGCCAAUCAGGGACCGAUCAAUACGGGAACUGCUGCCAUACUGGUGAAGGUAAAGGAUCUGGAGGAUCAGCCGCCGGAGUUCGUAGAAGUACAGGCAGUGGCCCGAAUUGCCGAGGAUGCUCCAGUGGGCACAAAAGUACUGCGAGUUCGAGCAAUAGAUGGAGAUCGUGGGAUCAAUAAUCCCAUAGCCUAUUCCCUGGAGGCCAACGAUCUGUUCGACAUUAAUCCGCACACAGGCAUAGUUCACACGCUAACCAAACUGGAUCGCGAGGAGCAGAGUGAUCAGGUGAAUGGAGCCCACAUCCUGCGUAUUUCGGCCACCGAGCUGUCCAAGUCUAAUACCCAAUUGGCACCCACAACCGUUCGCACCGAAGUGACGGUCAUUGUGAGCGAUGUAAAUGACGAAAUACCCACAUUUGGAGAAACAGUUUAUCGUUGCGAGGUCAACGAGAAUGCCCAAACCAAUACCCCGCUUAAUUUCAUCGACGAGGAGGUGCAAAACGUGGUCUUCGACCACGAUGAGGGCAACAAUGGCACCUUCCGCUUGUUUCUGGAUCCGCCCAACGAUCUGUUCGAGAUCGUGCCCGAGUUGGCCGUUAAUGAAGCCAACUUUAUGCUGCGGGUGAAGAACUCCAAGUCCCUCGAUUUCGAACAAUUCACCGAGGUCAAUUUUACGAUAUUCGCCAGGGAGGUCGACGAGCCCAGUCGAUGGAGUUCCGCUCAUGUUCAGAUUUUCAUACGAGACCAAAACGACAACUUCCCAGAGUUUAGUCAAACCAUCUAUAAUGCGAGCGUUUUGGAAAACAGCGAGCAGGAUACAAUCAUCACCCACGUCCAGGCGGUGGAUGUGGAUUCUGGGGAUUAUGGAACUAUGGGUAUUCGCUACAUCAACCUCAGAGGAGGAAUAGCUCAUUUACUCAAUCUAGACCCUAUUACGGGAGUGAUAACCAUCAAACAGGCAGGUGGAACAGCCUUCGAUCGUGAAAUCAUUUCACGGCACUAUCUCACCGUGGAAGCCAUCGACAACGCUGGCCAGGGCAACAGGAAUACCGCACAGAUAAUCGUGGACAUCCUGGAUGUGAACGACAACGCACCCAGAUUUCCCCAGCGGCAAUAUGAGACCAAGUUGCUGGAGAACCAGGCUGAAUUCGAAACCCCUCUGCAAUUGGAGGCCAGAGAUGCGGAUCUCAAUGGCACGGAGAACAGCCAGGUGACCUACGAGAUUGUCGAGGGUCUGUACCGCUCCAACUUCACUAUAGAUCCCCAGAGUGGCCUUCUGCGUCCGGUGCACAGUUUUGAUUUCGAGGAACUGGUGGAUCGCAGCAGUCGCAGAAGUGAUCCUCAGACGGGUGGAUCCUUUAGCAUUCGAGAGAUCGAUCUGCUGGUGCGAGCACGAGACUCGGGCAUUCCAAUGCUCUCCACUGUGGUUCCUGUUCUAAUUUACGUGCAGGAUGUUAACGACAAUGCGCCGAUAUUCCAGCGAAGCUUCUAUGCGAAAACGGUUCCCGAGGAUCUGCCAGGUGGGAGCUCGGUGCUGCAGGUAACGGCAAUAGAUCGAGAUGGAUCAGCUCCCAACAAUCUGGUGGUGUAUCGCAUACAGACGGGUGCCAGCGAUAAGUUUAUCAUCAACUCGGAAACGGGAGUUAUAUCGGUGGCACAGGGAGCCAAUCUAGAUCCGGAUCUUACAGACAGCAAGAGAUCGCUCUAUACUCUGUCAGUGAUUGCUUUGGAUGGUGGAUUGGGCAAUUCCCAGUUAAUGACAACAUGUACAGUGAACAUUAGCAUUCAGGAUGUGAAUAAUAAGCCGCCUGUGCUUAAGGAAAUGCCAGCAUUGCAGAUCUUAGAGAACACGCCUGUGGGCACCCCGGUGUAUCGCAUCCAGGCAACUGACCUGGACCAGAAGGCCAUCCUGCGCUACAAGCUGAACCCAGAACACUGCGAAGGUCGAACUGAAGAGGGGGCGCUGGUGAAGAGUAGCGAAUACGACUUCUUGGGCGCCUUCGAGGUGGACUCCAUCGAGGGAACCCUCAAGGUGGUUAAGCUGCUGGAUCGCGAAAGGGUCGAGCAUAUUAAGCUGGCCAUCACUGUGGAGGACCUAGCUGCGGCCAAGGGCAGACAAAUCGCGGAGGGUUUCCUGAGCAUUCAAGUGCUGGAUGAAAACGAUAAUAACCCAAAGUUCCGACUUCCCUUUUACCGUCAAUCGAUCACGGAGAACAGCAUCAACGGGGCCAUGAUUGUGAAUGUGCUGGCCUCAGAUGUGGACAAGAAUCGCACCAUAACCUAUGCUCUGGAGGGUAACCCCACGUACCGAUCUCUAAUGCAUCUGGAUCCGCAAACAGGGGAGAUUGUGGUGGCCAGCAAGAUUGACCAUGAGCAGCAUCAGUGGCUCAAUUUUAGUGUGAGGGCCACGGACUCCGGAAUUCCAGCCAGAUCCUCACUGGUGGAUGUGUAUAUAACAGUGCUGGAUGAGAACGAUAACAAUCCCUACUUUGUGGGUGGCAGCAAGAACUAUACGAUUAGUGAAAAUGCAGCUCCAGGCACCAGAGUAGCCACUCUACAAGCUGGAGAUGCGGAUUCGGGAGACUUUGGCAAGAUCACCUUCCUGAUGGAUCGCAUCAGUUCGCAGGGAAAGUUCACCAUAGAUGCAGACACUGGGGUGCUAACGGUGGCCGAUCGUUUGGACAGGGAGUCUAAGGACUCCUACAACCUGGUUAUCGAGGCCUGGGAUAACUAUCAAUUCGGAUUCCUGGCCGGAGAAAGUCGGAAUGCCUUCAAGCAGGUUUUCAUUUCCAUACUCGAUGAGAACGAUAAUCCUCCAGAGGUUGACUUGCCCAUGAGUUGUGUUUUAAUCACUGAGUAUCACGAGUUGCAUGAACGAGUGGCAAGCAUAGUGGGCAAGGAUGCAGAUGACCCAACUACGCCAAAUGGUAGACUCGACUUUGCCAUCACUCGGGGCAACAAAGAUGGUAUGUUUGAGCUGCGCCAGAUAGACGCUUGGAAUGCCCAAAUCUUCGCCAGCAAGAGUUUGCGCAAUAGGUACGGAAACUAUAGCCUUACUAUAACUACGCGAGAUAUGGGCCAUCCAGCCAAUAUUGUGCACAACACCUUGGAUAUUUGCGUAUCGGAUUUUAAUGAUCACGCUCCGGUUUUUGUGAGACCACUUCAUAACACCACUGUUCGCAUUCCGGAGAAUGCGACGGUUGGAACGCUGAUACUACAGGCUUACGCCAGUGAUGGGGAUAUGGGGCAGAACGCUUUGGUGAGGUACAGACUCAAACCCGAUCCAUUGGGCAGCUACAAGAUGUUUGAAGUAGACGGCAGUACAGGGGAGCUAUUUUUGAAGGAACAACUUAACCGCGAAAAGCAGAAGAUUCACGAGAUACGUAUAGAAGCCUAUGAUCAGGGAUUACCGACCUCGUUAAGUUCAGACUUGGAUCUAACGAUUUAUGUUCGGAAUGUCAACGACUAUGAGCCGCAGUUUAUGAUUAACGAAAUAUCCGUAAACUUCACGGAGCACUCGGAUCCGGGGUCCGAAAGAAUAAAGCUACCGGACACCAUAGACAAGGAUCAGUUGGAACUGGACGAUCCCAAUGAUACGCCUAGCCAGGUGUGCUACUUUAUAGUGAAUGGAAACGAGGCGGGAUACUUUCGCCUCGAUCCCGAAACCCAUAUAUUGACUCUUGAUCGCGAACUGGAUCGUGAGGUGGUUGCCAACUUUACGCUCUAUGUUCGUGCCACUGAGAACUGUGGAAAUGAUUCUAUAUCUGGUGGCGAAAAACGUCGUCGUAUGGGAAUCGAGAUUAACAACAGAUUGGGAGGCAUUGUUCAUAACCAACAGUUCGGAUACGAUCGCUUUAAACACUCUCGACAAUUGAGAUCGACAGAGAGUAAUGAAUACGGACCAGAAGAUGCCGAGAUGUCAUCGUAUGAGACCUAUGACGGUAGUCAGGAGGAUCCAACUGGAGGAUUGGCAACAGCCCAUUCAGAACUGGAUAGCACUGUAAUAAAAGUGAAGGUGCGAGUGCUGGAUAUCAACGAUAAUCCACCGCGAUUCCGUUCGAAAAUCUUUACUGGUGGUAUAACGACCAAUGCUGAUUUCGGUUUAAAAUUCAUGCGAGUGGAGGCUACGGAUGCAGAUGAAGGAGAAAAUGGAAGGAUUGGAUACUACCAAGUGGGUGAAAUCCGUCAGACUCUUUCCGAGGGAUUGGAGAACGUACGCAAAGCUCCCUUCCUUCUCGAUCAGGAAACCGGAGAAGUGCAGCUGAACUUUGACCCACAAAAGGGAAUGAAGGGCUAUUUCGAUUUCGUCGUUUUGGCCAACGACACCUCGGGAAUGAAGGAUGUGGCCCAUGUGUUUAUCUACCUGUUAAGAGAGGACCAAAAGGUGCGAUUCGUGUUUAGACUUCAGCCGGACGAACUGCGAUCUCGAGUGGACUCCUUCAGAGACACCCUGAGCAACAUAACAGAAUCGAUUGUAAACAUUGAUGAGAUUAAGGUUCAUGAGAACAAGGAUGGUUCGGUGGACAAGACAAAGACGGAUCUGUACAUGCAUCUAGUCGAGCGGGAGGAUAACUCUAUUUACGAGGUAUCCGAGGUGCUCAAACUGAUUGACUCGCACAUCGAAAGCCUGAAUGGGCUAUUCAAGGAGCUCAACGUGCUGGACACGCAGGCGGCAGAGGCUCAGCUCCUGACCGCGGGACCCAGCCGAGGUCCUUUAUUCGUGUGGCUGGUUUUCACCAACCUCUUUCUGGCCACUCUACUGGUAGUCACUAUAGCUCUUUGCGCCUCCCAACGGAAUGGAUACCGCAGGCAGCUGAGAGCCGCUAAAGUCAAUAUAUUCCGUGGCCACUCCUCGAUGUCCCUGCAAAACGCUCAGGAGCCGGCCACUCGAGUGCCAAAUACCAACAAGCACAGUGUCCAAGGAUCAAAUCCUAUUUGGCUGAAGGGUUACGACAACGAGUGGUUCAAAUCAGAAGAAAGCGGCAGUAUUGGCGGCCAUGACUCUUUGGAUGACAACUUUCUGGCAGUGGCCACACAGGAUAUGCACGAAACCCUCAAGGGAACCGCCAAACUAUUCAACAACAGCAAUGAUCUUAACCGGCACUUUAAUCUAUACAACCAAAUCGACAAAAUGACCAACAAUGCUCAGAUCCUGGCCCGAAAACUGGAGACCACGGAGUUAUAGCACCAAACAGUCCCCCCUUAUUUAUUGCACUGAGAUUAAGGAUAGCCUAAGUUCAGCUUGUAGGGAUCAUGUAAAUAUAUCGAAGCUUAAAACACAGUUUUAGUCCUGCUAUGUCCUACGACAUACGCAUUCGUACAAAUUAAGGAAAUAAAGUAAUAAUUGUCGGUGAUAACUAA